AUGGUUAAUUCUUUAGGUGGAUAUAGUUCACUUGAAAGCACCCCUACCAUUUUAAUUAAUCAUUUCUACAGUCUCUAUUCACAAGGAAAUGGAAUUGAACAUGCAGAUUCAAUCAUCUCGAUUUGCAGAGUCAUUGCCAAACGCAGAAUUACCGAUACUCACUUGUUGGACAAGCUUUCACGAUGUUUCAAUACUCUUGCAAAAUUUGGUAAACAAGAGUAUAUCACCAAAUCAUUAGCACCAUUUGCAAAACAUUGUUUUUUCAGUUCCAGAUCAAAGACAUUCUUUAAGUUAUUGGAACAAUCAAUGGGAUUAGAACCAACAUUCAUUGGUAAAAUCGACGAAACCUUUACAGCAGAUUCAACCAGUAGUGAUAGAAUCAAGUCAGAGACGAACAAUAACGAUAAUAUCAAGUUAGAAUCGAAAAAUAAUGACAGUAUCAAGUUAGAAUCAAUUCCAGCAACAGAAUUAGAAUCAAUAAUAUCAGAGGCAUUUAAGAAAAGUCCAUCAUCAAAGAUAUCGGAUAUUUUUGAAACAUAUUAUCUGAUCAAAUCAAUACUCAACAAGAUUGGCAAUCAACAACAAACAGAAUCACUUUUGAAAACAAUCAAUCCAAUAUUUGAUUCAAUGGUUGAUGUAUCUCUCAAGGCAAAAGAAUGGAAGGGUGUACCAGCAACAAUGGAUUUCAUAAACAAUUCCAACGAGAUAAGUUCUGAUACGAAGCAUAUCUAUAUCGAUAAAAUUGUCGAUUCACUUUGUUCAGAGUAUUGCAAACAUAGAUACGAUAUUUUUGGUAACUUGGAAGAAAUCUAUCAAUACCAUCUCAAACAUAAGUCAUACUUUAAUCUUAAUCAUUUGAUGAAAAUGAUAGACCUCAUUAUUACACAGCUAUCCAAAAAUACCUACGGAGAUCAGAGACUCAAGACUCUAACUACAUUGAUAGAGAUUUCGCUUACGACCAACAAUGUGCAACUUCUUGACAAGAUAUGUGAACAAUCGACACCCGAUGAACUUCUCGCUCUUUGUGAAAGUCAGAACAAAAGACUCAAGGAACCAAGUUGCACAAUCGAAGAGAUCAGGUUGUUUGGUAAGGUGUGGUGUCGUGCAAUACUCUCUCGUUUCGAAAGUGCCACCAAUGUCAAGUAUCCAUCUUCGAAUGGCAUUAUGGGAUCAUAUUCAUAUCCAUUAGAACGAAGCUAUACUUGCAUCUUGCCGAAAUGCGAAUGUUUGACAGCAGCAUCUUUCCUUCUCUCUGAAGAUAAAGAAACAGAGUUUAAUUGUAGGCUGGAUUCGUUCUCUCAUAUCGAAAAUGCAUUUGUAAAGUUCAAUAACUUCCUUCGCUAUCAAAAGAAUGGACAUAGACGCUACAAAAUGGCAAUCACCAAAUUACAACCAGCCAUGGAAUAUUUGAAUGCAUACGUCCAAGAAUUCAUCGAUUCACUGACGAGAUGUAGAUCUGCCUUUCCACAAGAGGCCAUUGGCAAGCUCAGCAACGAUGAUUACAUCACAACCUAUUACAGAGCUCUCGACAAUCGAUUGAAUGAACUGACUGCAAAACAACCAAUCACACCUGUCAAUCUUCCUGCUAUUCCCCCUUUUCAACGACCACCACUAAACACAACAACAACUAAAGAAUGA